AUGUUUAAUGAUUCCUUAUACAAAAGUAGUGGAGCUGAACUUAAGCUUAUGACAAAUAUAAACGAAUACUUGAUGGUUGAGAAUGGCAUUCGAGGAGGGAUGACAAUGGCAAGUCACCGAUAUGCUAAAGCAAAUAAUCCUAAAUGUCCUGACUAUGAUCCUAGCAAGCCAAAGUCUUGGGUACUAUAUGAGGAUUUUAAUGCUUUAUAUUCAGGUGCAAUAACACAAUAUAUGCCCACAGAAAUAUUAGAAAAGGUAGGUCCAGAGAAAGUUCCGGAUAUUCGAAGUAUUGCACCUGAUGCAGAAAUAGGUUAUACACUUGAAGUUGAUCUAGAAGUUCCAGUGCAUUUGCACGAUUUCUUUGCAGACUAUCCAUUAGCGCCUGAAAAGCAAAUAGUUCCAGAAGACUGGCUUAGCUUGUAUAAUGAAAGAUUAGUCUAUGAUAAAGAAGUCGGGACAUAUAUGAAGUUUGGAAUGAAGGUUACAAAGAUUCAUAGCACUCUCAAGUUUAGGCAGUCUCUGUGGAUGAAGGAAUAUAUUGAGGAAAAUAUUCGUAAACGCAAAAUAGCCAAGGCAAAUGGGGAUGA